UUAAAUUCUAACAGAUUCGAGACAUGCUUUAAAAUAUAAAAAUCAGAAUUUAUAUAAGCAAUUCCAUCAAAUGGAUUCAAAAAUAUUCUAUAUUCUCUCAAUCUUCUUCCUAUCUACUGCCACAGCUGAGAUACCAAACAAAGCUCUAAAAUGCUCAGACUUCAAACCAAAUGUUUGCGGACCAAACGCAAAUUGUUAUGAACGUGAUCACAAUCGGACUGUUGAAGUCUUCGGCGGUGCUUAUUGCAAAUGUGAUGCUGAAUUUUACGGAAAGCCACCAAAUUGUGCAAGAAUUUGUGAGUUUGAUUGCAAAGCUGAUAAAUAUUGUGAUUCGAAUGAAAAGCUGUGUAAGAAAGGAUGUCGAUCACAUGACGAGUGCCAAAAAAAUGAAAUUUGUGCAUUCGAUAAUCAAUGUAAAGUUUACUGCCGUUCCAAUAUAGACUGUGAAACUGAUGAGAUUUGUGACAGUGAUCAACAAAAGUGUCUAAAAAUCUGUGAAUGUAGUUCAUGUGGGAAGAACUCAGUCUGUGAAGCUGCUGAUCAUACAAAAAUCUGCUCAUGUGCUAGUGGAUAUUACCCAAAAGGAAGCAAAGGAUGCAGAAGAAGGAAGAUUGUUGGUUUAAGCAAAGAUGAUGAAUUGGAUUGUAGUAAAUUUUGUGGAACAAACAGCUUGUGUACAGCAAAGGAAGAUAAGAUUAGCUGCUUUUGCCCAGCGAAUAUGAAUGGAAAUCCAUUUAAAGCUUGUAUGACUUACUUACCUCCUCCACAGUUUAUUGUUAAACCAAAUCAGGAAGAUUUUGUGUUAUCACUUGCUAAUGUAAUUGGUAAGCACUAGGAACUGGUGUGUUGACUUAAACAUACCUGAAUAUUGACAUUUAUUGCUUAAAAUAGUCACUAAAUUUAAGAACAGUAAUGAAUAAAAUACAAUUAAUUUUAAACGUGUUUGAGAACUCUUUUCUAGAUCUACAAAGAUUUCUUUGGUGAAAUUUUAUAGUUUUAACGAGAAAAUUAUAAAACUCACUUUACAAAAAUUUAAAAAUUGCUUCCAAC